AAUUUAGCAUAAAUAUGAUUGAUCUAUUUGGUGGUGAAGAAGUAUAUAACGAGAAAUAUGAAGUUGAAGACUGUCAUGUUAACAGGAAUUUUCCUAUGUGUACACCAUAUAAAAAGUGUGCAACAAGCGAAACGAAUGAAGAAAGUUCAAGAAAAAGAUAUAAGUUCUUUUUAGAAAAUGAAGAAGAAUUUAGUUUGGAAGUCGAAGAUACUCAAACAAUAGCAACAGCUAUUAGUGAGGUAACAAAUACCUCCAAUGAACAAACCUUGAUAGCUGUAUAUUUACCAAGUGCACCUCAAAAUAAGAAUAAGCCUCAUCAAUUUUCUGAGAUAUGGGAUUACUUUAUCAAAGGAACCGAAAAAAAUAAUAGCCACUAUGAGGCUACUUCAGAAAUCUCUUUUGAUGUAAUUGACAAUCCAUUUAUUUGGGAUAUAUUCAAAGAACUUAACCCUGCCUAUAACCCAUCUUCGAGAACAACUUUAUCAAACCGAUUGUUUGAUAAAGAAUUAGCACGAGUAAAUAAAGCAAUUGACGAUGAUCUAAGUAAGACAGAACUUUUGACUUUAGCAUUUGAUCAUUCUACAACCCUAAUGAUUGAAGACAUUGUUGAUUUAAUAUCUGAAAAAAAUUCUAGAUCUUCUGUAGAAACGGCUCAAGCUGUUACUUCUGCUGAUUUGAAUUAUGAUCCUCAUGAUAUAUUAAAUCAUUUUUUAGAAUGA